AACGAUGUUGUCAAUGGUACCGCUUUGUUGUAAUGUUUGUUGUAGAGUGAAUUAGCUCUCUUGAACUCUUUAAUACGGUUACGUGGAGCUUGCUUGUUCUUUGUAAAUGGACGGUGUGCCUUGCCUCCGUGUGUCGCAGUGUCACGUUCAGACGUUCAGAACAUGUCUACAGUCCAAAGGAGCUCUGGACCUGGAUUUCUGCCUUCUGAGCGAGUCAGAUGAAACCGUCCUUUUACCCAUUUUACCUUCCUGUCUGUCACAAUUGGACCUGCAAUCCCUCAGAAAUAUGGUGGCUUCAGACAGUGCCUGUGAAAUAGUUUGGAGUCAGUCUCCUCUACAGUCAAAAAAGGAGAGAGGACGAUCAACUAGUGAUAAACUGGAGAAUAUACUGCAGAAGCUUUUGGAAACCCAUGGUGAAAGAUGGUCGGAGGAGCUAAGGGCAGACCUUCCCCGUAGCUUUCAGAGGCAUGGAGACCUUGUCCUACUAGGAGACAGCUGUUUCAACCUGCCAGGCUGGAAGAAAAUAGACCAUCAGCUGUGGAGUGCAGUAGCCAAAGGACUUGGGGCAAAGCGUGUAGCGAAGAUGAGUCAUAUAUCUAGUGAUGGAUUUAGGUCUCCCAUGGUGAAAAUGCUGCUGGGGGAGCAUAGCUGGGUCAAACAUGUGGACAACAAGAUUAGUUAUGAGUUUGAUGUGACCAAAUGCAUGUUCUCAGCUGGAAACAUUACAGAGAAGCUCCGGGUGGCAGGAUUUGACUGCAGUGGGGAGACUGUGGUUGAUUUGUAUGCAGGCAUUGGAUACUUCACCCUUCCAUAUCUGGUCCACACUGGGGCCCACCAUGUUCACGCCUGUGAGUGGAACCCUGACGCAGUUGAAGCUUUAAAGAGAAACCUUGUGUCAAACAGGGUGUCAGACCACUGCACUGUUCACCAAGGAGACAACAGACAACUCCAGCUGUGUGACAUCGCUGACCGAGUAAAUCUGGGUCUCAUACCGAGCUCUGAGGACAGCUGGCCUGUCGCAUGCAGACUGCUGAGGAGAGCGACUGGUGGCAUUUUGCACAUUCACCAGAACGUUACCUCACCGUUUACGAACAAAGCAACCGUUCCAGAAAUCAAUGAUGCCACUCAGAGGGCUUCUGGGAAGAGGGCUGACAGAGAGGUGUGGCAGGACUGGGCUUAUGACACAGCAAACCGCAUCAGCUCUCUUUUAAAGGACAUCUCUGGUGCAGCAUGGAGAACAAACAUUCAACACAUAGAACAUGUGAAGUCAUAUGCACCUCAUGUUCACCAUGUAGUUUUGGACUUGGAGUGCAGACCGUCCUGAGCUGAAGAGUAAUACUGAGUGAACACUUUGGCAUUAAAUAGCGAAAAAAUGAAGUAUAUGUUCACACAGAACAGCUGGGUUAUGUGAUUAUUUAUGUCAGUGUUUUUCUAAACCUUUAUUUACCCUGUGCAGGUUCACUGAGCGGAGAUGCUGCCCUACAUUGUACACAUGCUUUUAUGAUCACACAUAGAAAGGGGAAAAGUUUACCACGACAGUCUUACCUUGUUGGCUACUUGACAGCCCCUCCAAAGAAAAACUCCUUCGGGUGUCUUGUUGUAGGGGCACCAUAUUGUUGUGAUGCAGUAGUAUUUAUAGGUUUGGGGUACUUUCAUAUAUACAAUACACUAAAUCUGUGGAACUUAAAUUUAGGGCAGACAUUUUUUUGAUGAUUUUCAUAUGCAAGAAAACUCUCUUUACAUCCCUAAUGGCAAUCAAUGAAUCAAACUCUACUGACAGGUGUGAGGCUAAAGGCAGAGUCUCACUAAAAAAUGUGUAUAAACAGAUGCAGAAUCUUCCAUACAAGGGGCUCAAUGAGUGUUUUCAUGCAUAUUAAAGUGAUGUGAAUCAUAUGAUGUGGUCUUCACAGUCAUCAGGUCUGAACCCAUGAUAACAGCUGUGAGAGAUUAUGGACCCAAAUAAGGGAAUAUCUUCUGGGUGAAUGGUGUUAAUCCAUCCAGUAGAAAUAUAUCCGUAGCAGCGCCAAAGCCGCUCUAGCAGAUAACAGUGAAUGUUUUUACAUUUAUCAUUUAUCUAUCUAUAUCUGUUCAUGGUGUGGAAAACAAAGAAAACAGAUUAAGUGUCCGUGCAACACUUACCUGCAGAGUCAUAUUGCACAUCUGUAAAUGGUUAGAUUAUUUUUUUGUUGAGUGAUAAUUCAAAUGAGUUCUCUUUUUUGUAGCUUUUAAUCAUGAAAUACAAGUCAGAGAAUAUUCAUAUGUUUUAAAGGUUCAGAGAUAAUUUGCUUUACAAUGUAUUUUUCUACUGUUGUGUUGCCCAUGCCCUGACAUCAAGCAUGAGUAUUGUAGUGGGGGGAGGAGUUGGACUAACUAAUAAGAAAUCCAAUGGGCUGAAGGGCCUCAGUGGGCCUGAAAUUGAACCCUUUUUUUUUUCCAUUUACGAAUUAUUUCCUCAAGUCAAGUUUAUUUGGUGAAACAAGUCUGAAAAAAAUGUUGAAUCUGUAUCUGAAUAAAAGGUGAAUUCGCUCUCUUCGGCA